AUGUUCGCGAUCCGCCAAGCGGCAGGCAAAGGCCUAGGUGUUUUUGCAUCAAAACCCAUUCUAAGGGGUCAAAGAAUUCUUACCGACCAAGCUCUACUCACCAUCUCCUCAACGGAUAGCAGCUCUAUCCUUCAACAAGCUCACCUCCUCUCAACAGCUGGCCGGAAAUCACUCCUCUCGCUAUCUAUCAAUCCCAGCAAAUCAAGUGUUUUUAGCUGGCUAGAGUCAAUAUGGCGAAGCAAGUCUGCUCCGCAGGACACUGUCUCCAAUCACACAAUCCUCAACAUCUUCCGCAACAAUAACUUCAACAUUGGCAACCAGAUCCAAGCGCUCUUUCCUCAAGUUGCACGGCUCAACCACUCAUGUGUACCCAACUCGCAGGGAAACUUUAACAAGACGCUAAAUGCUUUUACCAUCCACGCGACUAGAGACAUUGAGAAGGAAGAGGAAAUCACCAUUUCGUACCUUGACGAGCAUCUGGGCUUGCGAGACUCGCGGCAGAGUGCGCUGCAGGACGGAUAUGGCUUCACCUGCGGCUGCUCCGCUUGCAACCCUGCAACCUGGGAGAUAGGCGAGGCACGCAGAACGGAAAUCAAACGCAAACUAGAGCAUUUCGCCGAGACAGCCUCAGAAAAGCCGAAUGACGAGUUUGAGAUGAUGCUGGCGCUGUUGGACGCUUACAACGCGGAAGCGAUUCGUGGACGAGAAGUGUCUACCAUGUAUAUCGCGACUGCGCGUAAAGCGUUCGAAUUGAAGAAACCAAAGGAAGGGCAGGACUUGGCCUUGAUGGGCCUGCGUCUGGAAGAAGAAGCUGUUGGGAAAGACAGUCCGUUUUUCGUGGCGACGAGGAAAGAGGUAUUGGCGCUCGGAGUUGAGGCCUAG